AUGCCCCACAGACACUGCGCCCCACACCUAACCCUAGAAUUCUUGAUCUGUAAUUUCCUUGUCCCUCUGACAGAUCUGGACCUGAACUACUUCUGGAAGUGGAGCUUGUUUGAGGAUUACCUGCUGUUCUGUUUUGGCUUCACGGUGCUGUGUUCAGGGGUCACUCUGCUGCUGCUGGACUCUGUGGUCUUUGUGGAAACACUGGGGUCCAUGGCUCUUCUGUUUGAGGCCAUGCUUGGCCUCCCUCAACUUCUGCAGAACUUCAGCAACCGCUCCACCAAGGGCAUGAGUGUGAAGAUGGUCUUGCUGUGGACCGCUGGUGACGUUUUCAAAACCACCUACUUUGUCCUGAAUGACAGCCCCGCUCAGUUCUGGCUCUGCGGUUCAGCUCAAAUCCUCAUCGACGUCGCCAUUCUGCUCCAAGUCCUGCUCUACAACCAAGACACGCGCAUCAAACUCGGAUAAACCGGAUAAACUAUAGUGCUACAGCGAUAUAUGAACAACCGAGCCUGUCUGUGUGCCUUUUAUCAACCAAAACCUUUUUAGCCUUGUCUAUUGAAUUUCUUUAACAAAAUUUUGCAGUUACCCCAAAAAAAGCCUUCCACACACAGAGAUGAACAAAAGCCUUGUUAGAACAAAUAAUACAACUACAUAAUAUUAGGGUAAAAGUGAUAUAGUAUGAUCAUGUAUUUUAUAGGAUGACAUUGUUUUAAAUUGACCAAACUCACUAGAUGUAAUCCAAAGCACUUACUGUCACUGAAGUGUGCAGUGUCAGUUAAGUGUUUUGCCCAAAGACACAAGAAUAUUCACAUAAUCAAGAUUGGAACUAGUGACCGCUCUUAACUUUUUUUUUUUUUUUUUAUGUGAAUAGGUCAAUGGUCAAGGCACUACACCACUGAUUAUUAAGCACAUUUUAAACCAAAUGUAAAUGAAAUCUAGGACUGUUACAAAAUAAUUUUAUUUGUACAAAAUUACUGUCACUGAAGUGGGCAGUGUGGGUUAAGUGUUUUGCCCAAAGAUACAAUAACAUGCACAUAACCGCCAUUCAAACUAGUGACUCGUUUUAAUGUGAAUAGGCCAAUGGUCAAGACACUACCCCACCUGAUUAUUAAGCAUGUUUUAAACCAGAUAUAAUCAAAUCUAGGAAUGUUACAAAAUAAUUUUACUUGUACAAAAUUACUUACUGUCACUAAAGUGGACAGUGUGGGUUAAGUGUUUUGCUCAAAGCCACAAGAAUAUGCACAUAUAACCAAGAUUCCAACUAGUGACUCGGUUUUAUGUGGAUCAGCCAGUGGUCAAGACACUAAACCACUGAUUAUUAUGCAUGUUUUAAACCAGAUGUAAUGAAAUCUAGGAGUGUUACAAAAGUGUUUUAUUUGUACAAAAUUACUGUUACUUGUGAUGGGUGCUUAUAUUAUGUUCAGCUCUGUAACACUAUUGCUGUUGCUGUAAAAGCAGGAGCAACCGUGCCUGGCUGCUUGAGUGAUGGAGAAGUCUCCCACUCCUCUCUCCACGUCUCGCUGGAUUCCUCUCAGAAUACAUAAUGCAUGUGCACUUGUAUUGAUUUUUGCCUUUGGCUCUGAGAGUGCUGGUAAAGUCAAGGCCACGGUACACCAGGUAAUGGUGACUACUCACUCCAUCAAUCUGUAUCAUGAUGGUGCUUUGUGGCCCGAUUGACAAUCUAAAUGUUCAAUGACUGACAAGCUCCAAAGACAAAGAAUCAUGUACCAAAGAACUUGAAGUGUUACCACAGUGGAGAGCUGGGAGAUACACUGAGAAAAAUCAAAUCGUGAUCUCAUUCAUUCUGUUAUUUUGGUGAAAUUUUAAUAUUUUGAUUCACUGUUUCUCUGUUUAAAGGUGCACUGUGUCACUUUUGUUGUGCAGGGUCCAUCACUCGCUUCUCUCCAUGAAACUUAUAUACACUUGAAUAUCUCUACAAAGACAGCAGGUAAUACCAAAGGGCCAAGUUAUAUGUCAGAUCUGUGGAAAGGCAAGCCCACUCACACUAAGAAGAAUAGAUUUUAGGUCAAUAAAAUCCCAUGUUAUUGAGUAAAUGCAGGAUGGGUACAUUUAAUGCCAUACCAGAACAUUCCAGACAAAAUAACAUCUUCAUUGAGACAAGCAGAUGGCAGACCCUACACCAGAAAUGUUACACAGUGCACCUUUAAUGCUGCUCCGAGCUCAAACAGUAUCUUUAAGGCUCUGAGUGAGUGACAGCUGGAUUUAACCAUAAGCCAUAUUGCCCAUCCAUAUCUCAGUGUUAUUUUACCUAUAUUCAAAUCAUGGACAAGAUAAUGUUAGUAAUUAAAUUCAGUGAAUAGUAUUAAUAUUAAUAGGCUGAGUACACACAGAGUGAACUUGCCCAUUAACUGGUCAGAAGAUCCACAAGUGUUUACAUAAUUUUCUAUUUUUAAAUAUUUA